GCCCUGCGGCGCCAUGAUUUUUGAUUCCAAAUAAGAAAAUCAGUGUCAAGUCGUGUUUGUUUCGUUUUUAACUGUGCUUGUUUCGGUUUUCUGUUUGAAAUGUUUAACUUGAAUCAGAGAGGCUGGAUCAGGGCUUUCGUUAAGUUAGCUAGCAGAUUGCUGCUAGAGAAACAUCAUAAGACACAAGUCAGCUAGCUUUAAACCCGGUAGCUCGAGGUAAAACCUAGCUCCAUGAGUUGGAUAGGAAGCGGGUCCGUCAGCUAUUUGGUCCGGGUAGCCAUCUCACUGUGGCUGAAAUCAUGCUAUUACUCCGUAUUAUAACCCAUCAAUUUCGGUGUCCAGAUUCGGUGGCCUUACUCUUUUAAGCUAUAAACCAAUUUUUCCUUGCCCAACCUACCCAUCAGGGUGUCCGUCUAACAGGUCACAGAUUUUGAUACCGGUCAACGACUUAAGUUCCAGGAAAUCCCGUUGACCUUUCACCCAGUUUUACUCUUCUGUGUUUUUAUGUGGUGUCUGUUUCCCCAACACAAGCUUUAUGUAGCUGUUCAGCCCGUUCAGGAUGCCUGGAUCAGCCCCAAUCAGUUGCUUGGGACCAUGGCCCAAAGAUGUGGGUAUCAUUGCAAUGGAACUGUACUUCCCGGCCCAGUAUGUGGACCAGGCUGAGCUGGAAAAGUUUGACGGGGUGUCAGCUGGUAAAUACACCGUGGGCCUGGGCCAGGCUCGCAUGGGCUUCUGCUCAGACCGCGAAGACAUCAACUCUCUGUGCCUGACUGUGGUCCAGAGACUAAUGGAGAGGAAUGGCUUGUCCUACGACAGCGUGGGUCGACUGGAGGUCGGCACCGAGACCAUCAUUGACAAGUCAAAGUCUGUCAAGACAGUCAUCAUGCAGCUGUUUGAGGACUCAGGCAAUACAGAUGUGGAGGGCAUUGACACCACAAAUGCCUGCUAUGGUGGGACAGCAGCACUCUUCAAUGCUGUCAACUGGGUGGAGUCAAGCUCAUGGGAUGGGCGUUAUGCUUUGGUGGUAGCGGGAGACAUUGCCGUGUACGCCACAGGAAGUGCCCGGCCUACAGGGGGUGCUGGUGCAGUGGCCAUGCUGGUUGGGCCUAAUGCUCCUUUGGCCUUUGAACGAGGUCUGCGAGGAACUCACAUGCAGCAUGCAUAUGACUUCUACAAGCCAGACCUGGUGUCGGAGUACCCUGUGGUGGACGGCAAGUUGUCGAUAGAGUGCUACUUGAGUGCCUUGGACCGCUGCUACUCUGUGUAUCGCAACAAGAUCCACGCACAGUGGCAGAGAGAGGGGUCAGAGAAGCGCUUCAGCCUGGAGGACUUUGGCUAUCUAGUCUUUCACUCCCCGUACUGCAAGCUGGUGCAAAAGUCGUUGGCCAGACUGAUGCUGAACGACUUUCUGAGCCACCCCAGCCCCAACACGGAGACAGGACCCUUCACAGGCCUUGACGCCUUCAGAGAUGUACAGCCAGAAGAGACCUACUUUGACCGCGAUGUGGAGAAGGCCUUCAUGAAGGCCAGUGCAGAUCUGUUUGAGAGGAAGACCAAGCCGUCCCUGCUGAUCUCCAACCAGAACGGAAACAUGUACACCCCUUCUGUCUACGGCUGCCUGACAUCACUCAUUGCACAACACACACCUUCCCAGAUAGCAGGACAGAGGAUUGGAGUUUUCUCCUAUGGUUCAGGAUUUGCUGCUACUCUCUAUUCUCUCCGAGUCACACAGGACCAUACACCCGGAUCUAGUCUGGACAAACUUGUGUCCAGUCUGAGUGACCUUCAGGUCAGACUGGACUCAAGGAAGAAGGUUUCACCUGCCGUCUUCUCUGAGAACAUGAAGCUGAGAGAGGAGACUCACCACUUAGCCAGCUACGUCCCUCGAGGCUCAGUGGAGGAGCUGUUCCCAGGGACAUGGUACUUGACGCGAGUGGAUGACAAACACCGCAGGGAAUACGCCCGCAGGCCUCUGGACCAUGACGUGCCAGCAGAGCCAGAACUUGUUCGCUCCAGCAAUGCCACCGAGCACAUCCCGAGUCCAGCCAAGAAGAUGCCUCGCAUCCCUGCAGCCAACGCAAGCCCUGAGGCUGCCGUCAGCAACUGAGAGCACUCAGCUUACCUCUGAGAGGUAUCAAACUCUACUAACUAGAAAACUCUAGAGGUCAGAAGUAUCACCUCCCAAAUCCUUGUACAUUAAACUUAAUUAGGUCGGAGCAGUGUGUCAAUAAAGUGUUGAGUGGAGGCCUGUGGACAGCUGGAGAUGCUCCUGUGCCCUGCCUGUACCCUUCCCAUCAUCCCCCUGUUGUCCACCUAUAAUACUGUCAGACUCUGUGGUCACAUAUGAAGUUUUCUGUCUAUUUUCAUCACAUUCAUCAUCAUCACUAUUUUCAUCGUUUUGCAUUUUUGCAAAAUGGAUAGUUGUUUAUGAGCACAGGCAUAUGUUUGAGUUAAACAAGCAGACUUCUUCCUGGCAGCUUGCAGCCAUCGACAGGAAGAGGAAAUUAACAUCAUUAAUGUGGCUUCAGGCCUCCUCCUGAGUAAAAGAACAAAGGGAAUUGGGCCUCAACUGUGUUUUUGUAUCAGAGUAGUGCUGCUGCCGCCGCCGUGGUUAGCCAGUGUGAGACAGAGCUCGUACCCCCACUCUGAUGUUUGUGUUCAAUACCUCCGUUUUCUAUGAAGAGAUCUGGUCAGUUUUCUGCAGGAAACUUGCAGUUUCAUCACGUGAGCCUGAGACCAAACAUCAGGAACAGGUGAUGUUCCGCCCAGGAGGCUUCUGCACACACUGGUUGGAGUAGCUGGCACUUUAAACUGCUGUCGACUGCUGUAGCUGAGCUCAUGUAGUCUCAUAUUUAAACAGAGGACCAGUUCUGCUCCAUAGAUACAUGUUAGUUUUUCUAUUUGCCUCUUAGUGCCAAGAAAUGUCUAAACCCACUGAGUGAGUAGCUGCUGCUGUUCUAGGUCAGGUUCGCUUCACCUUCCAAAGUCAUCAACUCUGACUGUUUCAACGUCUGUAGUAAAACAGCUUGAGGAGAUGCACUGCAACCCCAAUGUUGCAGCACACUCUGUAACACUUUAUAUUUUUGUCUGUUGAUGAAACAAGUAGUUGUUUCAUCAAUGAGUAAUUUCUCAGAAUAUGUCUGAUAAUGGUUUCAUCAUUUAACCAGGCAAAAAAAUGUCCAUCAUUCUCUGGUUUAAGCUUCUCAAUAGAAAAAAAGUCUGCCUAUUUAAAAUAAUAGUAAACUGAAUCUCUUUGGGGUUUUGACUGUUGGUCGUGCAAAGCUAGAUGUCACCUAGGAUUCUUUAGCUGGAUAUUUUUUUUUUUU